AAUCCUGUACUGUCCCCACAGUGCACACUUUAAUUCGCUGCGCACGCCUCCUGUCACACCUGUUUGUAUCAUGCGUAGACUAGACGUGGACGUCCACAAUAUAAUGUACAAUACAGUGGUAGCGCCUAUGUGUGCCAUGUAAACAUGGUGAAGACAGCUAGGCCUAGCAGGCGAAAUGAAAAUCUAACAAUGGCAACCCUAGGACUUCAGUUUAUUUGCGACUAAAUAACAUCUGGAGACCUUAGAAGGCUGUAUGCCAACAUCCGAAAAAUACAAACGGAGGUCAUCAAGGCGAGAGUUCCCGUUGUUCAACUUGUUGACCAAAAGGAGAUCACUGAUAGCCACAUUGCGUCUGUAAACUCAAGCAACUCUUGACCAAUCGCCGACCAUGUCACGUAAAUUAUAGCAGUGUGUGUCUUGCCAUCCAAUCAGACACGCCAUGUUCUUUGUGGUGUUUGUUGCGGUCCUCUUUGGGGCAUUCUGCAUGCUGCUCAUGCAAGUGUUCCUGGUGUUCCUGUAUUACAAGAACCAACAGGUGCAGCCCGUUCCACAGCGGGCCCAGUAUGAGAAAGCGAAGAUGCCCGAGGAUUUGGAUGUCUCCUCCAUGUUGCACAAGACAGAAUCGUGCAAUGCUCUCAAUGUCUUGGUAGCCUUCCUCUUCCAGGAGCUCAAGGAUGCAGCGUUUGUCCGUCGAUGGGUCGUCAGGAAAAUGAACGUGGAAUUUGAGGAGCUACUCACCACUAAAACGGCUGGAAAAAUCCUGGAGCAGAUUAAUGUUCAGGAUUAUUGUCUGGGGACCUCCUUUCCAACCAUCAAAUCGGUCACAGUGAUGCGAUGUCUGCAAGAUGACCCCAGAGAAGUACCAGAUGAGAUUGACAUCGCGGCUGACCUGGAGUACAGUGGCGGGUUCCGAGUCUCUGUCGAUGUCGACUUGGUCUUUGGGACAACGGCCUACGUGUCUCUGACUGUUACCAAACUCAAGGGAAGACUGAGGCUUCAGUUCAGCAGAAAUCCUUACACACACUGGUCCAUGUCAUUCUAUGAGGAGCCUGAAGUGGAGUUUGAAGUGGAGAGUCAUUUUGAAGGCCGCUCAGUGCCAAAGCUUGGAUCUAUUAUCGUCAGUCAGCUUCGUAAAACUUUGAAAAAGAAGCACACUUUGCCCAACUACAAGAUGCGUUACCAACCAUUCUUUGUCAAGCCUGCCCCUCCGCACAGCAACGCUGAUGUGUAUGUACAUGAUAGUAAGAUCACUGCCGGCAAGUUGGCCGUGACGAUAGUUGAGUGCAGUCGGCUUGCAGUUUCCUCUGCUCAAAAAGGACAGUCUGAAAUAUACUGCACGCUGUCCAUCAAUCCAGAGCCAUGGAACCAGGAAGAUAUUGUACGUCGCUUCCCAGGUGAGACGUUUGAGGUAGACCUACCCAAAGGUGGUCCCCGCGUGGGUCUGAUGUUCAGCACUGGCUACAUGUACCAGGAAUUGGUGGUUGUCAUUUCAUCUAUAAACAGAGAUUCCCCAGCCGGUCAGACAGAAUUGAAGAAGGGUGAUGUUUUACAGGCCGUGGAUAACAUUCGGGUAACUUCAGCUAAACAUGCUGCCAAGCUCAUUAAACAGACCAAAGAUAGGUGCACACUGAGAGUACAGAGGCCAGCUCAGCCAGUACUAACUCAGACAGAUGGUCAGACAGCUACAGAUGGCAUGGGUAGAAAUGUGGAAAUUAUUGACGUACAGCUAGACGAUAAUGACUACGAAGACUUCAUAAAUGUGAAAAUGAUGCAGACACUUGGAGUGAGUGCUGAUGAAGCAAACCUAAUAGCCCAGACUACCAGUGCGCCUGGCAAACUGCAGGUCCCUGCCACAGACUCCCCGGUGCUCCGUCGACGCACCGGUAACCCGGACUCGACAGACGGUGACACUCCGGUGCGGAGGCUGUCUUCGAGUCUGGACUAUUCCACCUUGAGGGAGCUCUCGGCAGCUGCAGAUCGCGAGAACCGACUGCAGAACAUCAAGAAGCUAUUCAAGGAAUCCAUGCAGGCCAAGCCGGGCGACAGGAAGAAGAAGAAAUCAGUAAAGAACCCCACGGUGGCCAGCUUGCAAGCUGGGGGUGACGUAGACAGUGUGGACAUCGACCCGGAUAGGGUCAGUCUAUCCAGCUUGACGUCACUGGUGGACGAGUCCGAUAUGGCCGGUAGUCCUAACACGGCUUCAACAGUUACUGGAUCUACGGCGUCCAUUGCUGCAGGAGACCAGGCAACUGUCUCUGAACCAGCCAACUCUGAGUUCUCUGGGUAUGAUGAUCUGUACGAGACUGCAUUGGUUCCUGCAUACGAUGAACCGGUUUGGGACGAAACUUUCACUUUUGAGGUGGAUGAGUCAGACCGCUAUCUCAACGUCUGCGUGUGGAAUCGCAUCCCCCUGUCACCGGGAAGUAAAGACAUUUUGAUUGGCUACACCUGCGUGCCACUCAUGGACGUAGCCCUGCAGUGCCUGAAUACAAAGGCCGGGGAAUACUGCCUUGUUAGCAACUUACACCCUCCGGAACAGAGGGCCGGUGCCACCCGUCUCCCAGGCCAGUCACAUCUCUACCAGCACUCGGGGUUCGAGAGUCGUCUCUGUUACGGGGACAUCACCCUCUUCUUCCAACACACACCAUCUGGCGAGCAACGUCCUUCGAAGGAGGAGAUCGACAUGACCGAGACGGUGCUGAAGGAGCAGCAGAUCAAGCACACCAUGGUGGCUGAGGAGAGAUGGAAGGCGCUGAAUAAGGCCAAAGGUCACAAGCACACACGGCCAGACGAACUCAAUUUGUUUCCAGGACUGCAGCAUAGGUUUGUGGGAACUCACUUCUCAGUGCCAACAAGAUGUGACUUCUGCAACAAAAAGGUGUGGACUAAGUAUGCCUUGAAAUGCCAAGUGUGCCAGCUGAUAUGUCACAAGAAAUGCUCUGAGAAGACACAAGCGCAGAUGCCCUGUGACAGAACUAAAGUGUGGCGGAAACCUGACCAGCCCUCCCCAUCCAAGGAUCAACAACUGAAUGUCAAGCUAGCUCCCGACACCUCCGCCUCGCCUCAGACCACGCCCACAAUGCAGCGUCGAGCCGGGGUGUCCCCCCAACCCUCCCCUGUCCCCUCCCCGACCCCCUCCCCCCACGAGUCCUCCGCAUCCUCCAAUGAGGAUGAGACGGACGAGGUCAGCGUGGCUGUUCGCGGUCUGAACCGGCUGAAGCGAGACCUACGACAGCUGGCCCGUGCUGAAGGCAAUAAGGUAGACGACACUGAUGCUGUGUUCAUGACUGCCGCAAGAGAGCUUGGUCGUGAGUUGUAUACAGACCUUCCCUACAAUGAAAGAAAGGAAAAGCUGGAAGCAAUGGUCAGCAAACUCCAGAAGGAGAUUGAUGCCGAAGUGGAGCGCCAGCUGCAGCUGACCCAAGAGAUCCAGGCUGACCAGCACCGACCCCAGCAGCGAUUGGGCAGCCAGCAGCAGCAGCAGAGACAGCAGCAGCAUCGGAGACAGCGGCGACGGACGGACACCAUGUCCCGCAGCGAGGAGCGCAUGCAGAUGCUGGCCACACUGAUGCUGCACUACUGCGCUGGUAUACAGCACUGCAACGAGAUGUCGCAGUCGGUUGAGGAAGCUGACAGCCAAGUGAAUGAAAACAGUAAGGUGGAACCUCAGCCCUAGCUUAUUCACUUAUCUACUUCCUUGCCAACAGGUGAAUGUUGACCUUUCUGCAUCAUUGGUGCACCCAAGGGUGGGGUGAAGGGAUCGGGGCACUUAAGCCUACCAAGAGGUUGUUAGAGAUAAAGUAAACACUUACAUCUUGAACUUUUAGCCCGGAUAUAACUCAUACAUCCAAGUCCCGUGUGGUGCAACCAGGGGGGGGGGUGAUUGAGCAUCAUGGGAUUUUUUUUGUGGGGGGGGGGAAUUCUGGUCCAAGCCCCCUCAUUGGUAUGUUGUUUUUUAUUCAGGCAUGUAACUUUUCCUUGGAUCAGCUGAUUUCCUUGCCCUUCAUUUCACACUCAUGCCA